ACUGAUCUAACGUGGGCACUGGGCAGUCCUUCCACCUCUGCUUGCACUCACCCUCCUGCCAAAAGCCAUUUCGGCCAGACUUGUCUCUUCAGCCCAGGCGGAUUUACCAGCAGAGGAUUCUGUCUGUGUAGCUUUAGCAGCCAGAAGGUCCUCCCCCUCUUCCUCCACUUCCCCUCACCGCGGUUCUCUAACUCCUCUCCACAUGGCGCUUGCCGGCCAACAUGCGGGGUAGACCCCAGCUGCUCGGCUACAACAUUUUUCCCCCUCUCGAAACGCGCUUUCCAGAGUCAGACUGGGCCGAGCUAGCAGCAAUGGCGAGCUCCGAGGACCAUCAAAUCGGCAUGGCGCACGCGCAGCAGCAGCACCCUCUUCUCUCGUCCUCCGACACAACGCACAAGAGCAUGCCGACGUACCUGAGACGCAGCCUCGGCGCGCUUUUCUUCGGCGCUCGAACCAAUGUUCUCCUGAUCUUCGUCCCCUCGACUUUCCUCGCCAUUCUCCACAACUUUCCCGAUGGCUACGUUUUCGUUUUCAGCCUCCUCUCCUUGAUCCCUCUCGCGGAGCGUCUGGGUUUCGUUACAGAGCAACUCGCUAUGUGCACAAACCCUACCCUUGGCGGGCUACUCAACGCCACGUUUAGCAACGCUCCGGAGUUAAUCAUCGUUCUAGUGGCCCUCAGAAGUGGCCUCGUUCGCAUUAUUCAGCUCUCACUCCUCGGAUCCAUCCUGGGGAAUCUGCUGCUAUGUCUGGGAAGUGCGUUCCUCGUGGGAGGGAUCUACCACAAGAAUCUGGAGUUUAACCGGCCCGCCGCGCAGAUGAACAGUGGCGCGCUGAUGCUAGCGAUGAGCGGACUGCUCUUCCCCAACCUUCUGCACGCGACGGGCACGGAGCUCCACGAGAACGUGUCGCAGCUGGGGCUGUCGCGCUUCGCCGCCGUGCUGAUGCUGCUCGCGUACUUCGCGUACAUCUACUUCCAGCUCGUCACGCACCGCGAGUUCUUCGAGGAGGGCGAGAGCGGGGAAGACGGCGCGGAAGACGGCGGAGGGGGCGCGGGAGAGCAGUCGGAGCUGGGCGCGUGGGGCGGCAUAUUUUGGCUGUUUGUGGUGACGACGCUGAUCUCGGUGCUGUCAGAUGCGCUGGUGAACUCCGUGGAGGGGACUGCUCUGGAGUGGAAUGUGCCGUUCUCAGGGAUCUGCGUCGUCGUGCUGCCGCUCGUCAACAACGUCACUGAGCACACGUCCGCGAUUCUCUUCGGCAUGCGCGACAAGCUCGACGUGUCGCUGUCCAUCGCGGUGGGCUCGUCCAUCCAGCUCGCCAUGUUCCUCAUCCCUCUCGCCGUGAUCGGCGGGUGGAUCAUCGGUGUGCCCAUGGAUCUCAACUUCCACCGCUUCGAGACGCUCUCGCUCUUCAUCACCGUGCUGGUCACCGUGCUCAUGCUGCACGAGGCCAACGCCAACUGGCUCAAGGGGCUCAUGCUCGUGCUCAUGUACCUCAUUCUCGCCGCCACGUUCUUCAACCACAAGGAGACGUUUCUUGGGCCGGAGCCGGGGAAGGCGGGGGGGGUGGGGGGCUGGGUGUGCCGCCUGUGAUUCAGGUGCUGCACCAUGACUUGUGAUGGGGUGGCGUGUGAUGUGAUGGGGUGGUGUGCGACGGGGUGGCGUGUGAUGGGGUGGCGUGUGAUGGGGUGGUGUGUGAUGGGGUGGUGUGUGCUGGGGUGGUGUGUGUAGACGUAUGGGGGCGCAUGGUGUUAUGUGAUGGGGUGGCAUGGUGGCAUGGUGGCAUGGGGUUGCAUGAUGUCAUGGGGUGGCAUGAUGUCAUGGGGUGGCAUGAUGUCAUGGGGUGGCAUGAUGUCGUGGGGUGGCAUGAUGUCAUGGGGUGGCAUGAUGACAUGGGGUGGCAUGCGAUGACAUGUGAUGGCAUGUGUGUGCAGGGAAUGAAGGGGAGGUCGUAUUUGACAUUUCACUAUUGGCAUUAGUUGAAGGGGGAAAGUACCGGUACCAGUAGAACCCAUCUGACACAGUUGGCCUCAAUUCCUGUUUGGAUGGAUGGUAUGUUGGCAAGUCGGGAUGACCUUGCUGCUGAGCGGGGUGUUGACUGCUGGAUGUGUGAUACAUCUGCACCAUCCAUGUGCCUGGGCUUGAGAAAAUGGUGUGCUUGCUCGAGGCAACGCCUCGAGAUGGCAAAUCGGUAACAAUACUAAGUAAUGUAUGCAUGUCGACCGUAUUUAUACCCUUAGCCUGCUUGUGCUCUCGAAGUGUUAAGGUUGUA